AUGUCUGAGAGUCGCUUAUUUGAGCCGCUGGAGGUGGGGACCGUUCAGCUGAAGCACCGUAUGGUCAUGGCUCCUUUGACCAGAUUCAGAGCCGACGCUGACCAUAUCCCACUCCCCAUCGUUGCGGACUACUAUGCCCAGCGGGCGUCUGUGCCGGGCACACUGAUGAUAAGCGAAGCCACAUUCAUCUCCAAGCGUGCUGGUGGCUAUCCCAACGUCCCUGGAAUCUGGAACUCAGACCAAAUGGCUGCAUGGAGAAAGGUCACCGAUGCUGUUCACCAGAAGGGGAGUGCUAUUUUCCUGCAGCUCUGGGCCCUGGGCCGUGUCGCUGUCCCUGACGUUGCAAAGGCUGAAGGGUUCGACAUCGUCAGUUCCAGCCCGACCCCUGAUUCGGGAUCCCCGGUACCGAGGGCGUUGAGUAAAGAGGAAAUCCAAGGUUUCAUCAGCGACUACGUGCAGGCUGCCAGGAACGCGAUGGACGCGGGCUUCGAUGGGGUGGAAAUCCACGGCGCGGGUGGCUAUCUGAUCGACCAAUUUACGCAAGACAACUGCAACAAGCGUGAGGAUGAAUAUGGCGGCAGCAUCGAGAACCGGUCUCGAUUUAUCCUCGAAGUCGUCAGUGCUGUGACAGAUGCUGUUGGUUCGGAAAGAGUUGGAGUGCGAUUGUCGCCGUGGCAAAGAUACCAGGGCAUGAGGAUGGCCAACCCCGUUCCGCAGUUCCUACAUGUGAUCCGAGGAUUGAAGGAACUCGACCUGGCGUAUCUCCAUCUUAUCGAAGCUCGCGUUUGCGGUAACGUCGACAGUGAGGAUAAUGAUAAGAACAACGUCUUUGUCGAAGCCUGGGAGAACUCAAGCCCUGUGAUACUUGCGGGUGGAUUCACACCCGCUUCCGCGAAAGCCGUCGUGGACGACGAGUUCGAGGCCAGAAACGUCAUGAUUGCCUUUGGUCGGCAUUAUAUCUCGAAUCCAGAUCUACCGUUUAGAAUCUGGAAAGGUCUCGAGUUGAACUCCUAUCAUCGGGAUACGUUUUACCGGCCGAUGUCGAGUGAGGGGUAUGUUGACUAUAGAUUCAGUACGGAAUUUGAGAGUAAUGGCAGAUCAGCGAGCGGUUGCUCUUAG